CUCUCUCUCUCUCUCUCUCUCUCUCUCUGUGUGUGUGUGUGUGUGUGUGUGUGUGUGUGUGUGUGUGUGUGUGUGUGUGUGUGUUGGGGAGUUAUUACUUUGCAGGCGAGUAAAUUGCAGAACGCCCAUGACGACACAUAAAUAACUACAGGAUCGAGGAUUCCAAGACCAGACCUUUCCAAGUGGCUGCACAGCCUGCUUUCUUCCCAGCUUCCCUCGAAUUGGGCGGGGGGGGGGGGCAGAGGAGUGCCGCUAGACAGGAGCACCUGCCCCGGGUAAGCCCAUGCCUCUACGUAAGAGCUAUGAACCAGACACAGUGAGGCAAGCAAAGGUGGGAUCCUCCACUCUGCUUAAACCCCACCUACCGAGAGGAAGCAAAAUUGUGAGUGAUUCCUGCUGAGAGAACCCAGCACCGAUGGGAAGGAGGGCAAAGCUGGAACUCUCUGGGAGACAGAAGAUGUGAAUUAUUAAAAAGAAAAUGGCCCAACAGGACACCGUACUUCCUUCUCUUGUCAACCAGGAAGGGUAUACUAUCUGGAAAAUAUGCAUCUAAGGCGAGUGAGGACCAUGCCCCGACACAGCCAGUCCCUGACCAUGGCACCCUACUCUUCUGUGAGUCUGGUGGAGCAGCUGGAAGACAGGAUCCUCUGUCAUGAGAAAACCACAGCAGCACUGGUGGAGCAUGCUUUCCGCAUCAAAGAUGACAUCGUCAGCAGUUUGCAGAAGAUGCAGAAUAAAGGAGGAGGUGACCGCUUAGCCAGGCUGUUCUUGGAAGAGCAUAUCAGAAACAUAACCGCCAUUGUGAAGCAACUGAAUCGGGAUAUUGAGGUUCUCCAGGAGCAGAUCCGUGCCAGGGACAACAUCAGCUAUGGAACUAAUUCUGCCUUAAAGACACUGGAGAUGCGCCAGCUCUCUGGCUUGGGAGAUCUGCGAGGAAGAGUUGCAAGGUGUGACGCCAGCAUAGCCAGACUCUCCGCAGAGCAUAAGACGACCUACGAGGGACUCCAGCACUUGAACAAGGAACAGCAGGCAGCCAAGCUGAUCCUGGAAACAAAAAUCAAGGACGCAGAAGGACAGAUCUCUCAGCUUUUGAACAGAGUAGACUUGUCCAUCUCAGAGCAGAGCACUAAACUGAAGAUGUCCCACAGGGACAGCAACCACCAGCUCCAGCUCCUGGACACUAAAUUUAAAGGUACUGUCGAGGAGCUCAGCAACCAGAUUUUAUCUGCACGGAGUUGGCUGCAACAAGAACAGGAACGGAUAGAGAAAGAACUUUUACAGAAAAUCGACCAUCUUUCCUUGAUUGUUAAGGAAAACAGUGGAGCCAGUGAAAGGGACAUGGAGAAAAAGCUCACCCAGAUGUCGGCCAGGCUGGACAAAAUCGAGGAGAGCCAGAGGAGGAACGCGGAGGGGCAGAGGAAGCCGGAAGAGGAGAAGGUGCACGGGCGGAUCAGCAAACUGGAGCUGCAGAUGACGGAGGACAUGAAGGAGAUGAAAGCGGAGGUUAACGCUGGGUUUACAGCCAUCUACGAAAGCAUAGGAUCCCUCAGACAAGUGCUGGAGGCCAAGAUGAAGCUGGACAGGGACCAACUACAGAAGCAGAUUCAGCAGAUGCAGAAGCCAGAAUCUUCCAUGUGAAGAGGGCUGGGACGAGGACCUGACAGGAGACUGACUGUGGGGCUAAGAGCCAGUCACCUCUGCAGCCAGAUUGUGGCUGUGUUCUGGAUCCCGUCCAGGGUGUGCAUGUGCCAAGAAAUGCGCUCUCAUGGGUCUAAGCGUCUACCUUCAGUCUUGAAAACACCCGCUAUUUGAAAUCUUAAAUACAGUUUUUACAAUGUUCUUUCCCUAAGUGCAGUCGAGCCCUAUCCCCUCAGAUUUUGAAAGGCUUUUAUGAAUGAAAAGAAUUUAUUUUCAAUGCUUGAUGCUCCUCUAGCCAAGACUACUAUUUUGGGAGAGAAAAAAAAAAAAAACUGCCAUGGUGAUCUUUGUUUUUUGAUUAAGAAGUGAAUGAGUUGCUACGGGUACGUAUUGUCCCUCAGCCUACAUUAAGAGAAUUCCCUGGUAGAUUAGAGUUCAGCUUUAAGUCCACAUUGAAUUGUAUUAUUGUUGUCUAUGCGGUUUUGUUUUGUUUUUUAAUGUUGGGUUAUUUUUUUUUUUUGUAAAUCACCUGUCUUUUGUAGAGAAGAGGUUUAACACUGGGAGAAAAAAAAAACCCUGCCAUUUAUAUAAUGAAAAUAGUUUUUUAAAAUUGAUAAUUGCCAUACUUAAUUACAAAUUAAGUGGAAACUUACAACAUUUAUCUAGCUCCCACGAGGCACAAUGUUUAUAUCCACCUAGAGGUACCGGCUUUUACUAUUUAAACCUACUUUUGAAACCACUCACCCUGUGUAGUGAUAGCCAUAUAUUUAAUAACGGGAUGGUGGCUAAGUAGUCUGUUUAUCACACAGUUAGCUGUUCAUCACCUAUAAUGAAUGUGAGGAUUUUCCAGACUUUAUGAUUUACCUAAAUGUUCCCUAAAUAGGCACCAAGUGCUAGACUUUAUAGACAUUUGUUGUAACUGUAUAUCUGUGCCUUGGUUUCUAUCAUCGCUGUACUGUCCUCUGUGUAAAAAGAAAUUACCAACGAAACAGACAGUGUGGUAAACACAUCAGGGUCGUGAUGUAAAACUGGGAUCCUAUGUAUUUUUCAAACCUCCUAAUGAUGUCGUCAUCACGAUGCCACAUUCAGCACCAUUCAUCGAUUAGAUAAAUGCACCUUUGUAUGGCGAGAGUCCAAGCGGGACUACACCGCGAGGAGAACGGUGUCCCCGCACCUUUGCAGACAUUUUAUUUUCAGUCGCCAUGUUUGAGUCAUUGAAGACUUGAGCCCGGGCCGUUUGCACACCUGUGUGCGUGUGUCAUGCCCGCAGAAGACACUCCGUGUUAAAGUGAGGGUACCUCGGGAGAGAGCGCCGGCGCACUUAAAAGUUCCAAGAACAGCAUCCCCCUUCUUCCUUUCCUCUCUCUAUGCAGGGACUCAGGAAAAUCAAAAGCAUUUUCUAUUUCUAGAAUAAACUACACUGAGAUUCUAACUGGCUCUUACUGUUGACCCAUGUAAGAUAUGCUGCUAAAUUCACUGAUGUUCUACUCUUGGGAGCUUGGGAACUUUGGUUUUAGUUUGGACGCAUGAGAGGUUAUGUGACGAACUUGUAUCCAUCCUACAGUUCUUCAUUUCCCCCCACAUCUUUUCAUCUCCAGAUAGGAAGAUCUUCCCACCAAGGAGAAGUCAACGACAGUCUGUGCGAUUUCUCUUUUCCCUUGUGCUAGGCUAGCCAUGUUUUAUCACGUGAUUAAGCACAAGCCUCAGGACAGGGCCACGCCCCCUCAGCAUCUCUCUCCCCUGGGGACUCAAGGGUGGAAGGGGAGGGUAAGCACACAGGACACUUGGGAAGAGGGGAUGGGGAACGCCUGCUGACCCCGCCCUAGCAGGUGAUGCAAGCAGAUGACACAGCUGCUGGUGAAAUCGCCAGGUAAUCAAGAUGUUGCCUCCCCAGGUGACUGGCAGGGGCCCUUCACCCUGGCUGCUUGGGGUCACUUGGGGAGUUUCAAGAGCAACCGAAGCCAAACAACCUCCUGACCAAUUAAGUCGGAGCAUCUGGGAGGCAGUCACCAGCACCAACCAGUAUGUGUCACACCCCCUGAUCCCCCACAGUGAUUCUGUAUGCCGCUGGGAGGCCCAGCCAUCCAAGGAGACAAUGGAGUACUCUUCUCGCCAAAGUUUAAAGGAGAAUCAGCUGCCCUGUCUUUUCCUUUACCAGAGAUUUGCAAUAAAAAGAAUAAAAUGUCCAAAAA